AUGCCACCUAAAAGAGCAGCAAACGGAGCGGCUCCUAAUCAGCCAGCUGCCCAAAGACGACGAUUAGCACCAGCAGCUCCUUCUCCUUCUCCUUCCCCUCCCCCUUUCCCUCCUGCCCUAGCCCCCAGGUCACCCACUAUAAUUCCGGAGGAGAUCAAAACGCAGCUUGUGCUCGCCGCCCUGACCACGCACGACGAUGUCUGCGCUUUCGAGCUGUUUUGCUCGGACUGGAAGAUCUGCAAUCGACAGCGAGAAAAGCCCCAACUCGAGGAAAUCCUGAGGAAGCUCAGAGUGGACGUGUACACGCCGAGCUCGCAAACACUAGGAGUAGUGCAGGCGGGGGGGCAGGGAGAAGAACAGUUUUAUGGGGAGCUGAAGAGUUAUUUUGCGGGACACUCGAUGAGAAGAACGCAAUGUCCACUCUUUGGGGAGGGAGCACAUGGGUUCGAAAACAAACAUUGUGAAAAGUGCGGAUGCGUUCCGUUCCAAAAGGAGGUCAUCAUGGAAGGCGUUGGGGCGUGGGAUACGGAUUGGGAGGGGAAGUUGGAUCCGGAGGCAAGGGGGUGGGAGGGAGGAGCAGUCUGGACGGGGAGGCUCAGGAAGGGAAUGGGUUAUCGUGGAAAUGGAAGAGAUGGGAGAAGAAAAGAGGUUGAGCCAUGGGACCAAAUGGUUGAGGAGGCGAGGACUAAGGGUAUCAAUGCCUACAUGACAAGCAUUAAGAAUACGAGGAUGGGGAAGUUUUUGGCGAGGGAGGUGAAGAGAGAGAGAACGCUCAGGUCGGACAGGUUGGUCGUCUUGAAUCAGAGGGCGACGAAAUGGUUGGGAAGAUUUACGCAGAGAGGGUUGGGAAAACGGGUGCGUAGCGGGCUUGAGGGGAUGAUCAGUUGGGGAGACGAAAUGGUUGGACUCUUGCCUUUCAUCGAAGGGUUCACGGAGAGGUUUGACGACAACGGUUAUUUGAGGGUGGCCACCGGUGCACCGGCGUCCUCGGCUGUUGCCGCUACCGUCAAAGCCAGACCCUUUAACCAGGUAAAGAAACAUCUCUCCCCAGAACCUCCUAACCAAGACCCCUGGGUUCUAUAUAAACGUAUCCGCCAUCUCAUGAUCAACAGCGAUCCCUAUCUCAAUCUGGAAGUAGGUAUUGACUUCCCCCGUUAUGGUAUCAUUCCUCCCACAGAACCACCGGCCGCCACGGUGCUGGCUAAUAUGGCAGGGGUCCGAGACCGUGUGUAUUUUGAGCACAUGGUGCCCUUGUACGUUGAUUAUCAGGCCUUGACAAAUCUCGAGACACUCUACCUCGACUUGAGGCACGUUACAAAACGCAAAUUCGGCACCACGCAGUUCCAGAUGGAAGAGGUCCUACAGCUGGCUCGAAGGCUCGAAGGCAAGAACCUGCGAUUGCUCGUCAUUGCCGGACUGCGAACUGGAGGGGAGUAUUGGUGGGGGGAGAGAGAGCUGAACAUUGAGGAAAUCGAGGGAUUUGAGGUCCAGAAUCCAGCGGACUGGAGGAAUGUCAACUGGCUUUUGGAAUUUAGAGGAGCGUUGAGGCCUGGGGGGAAGCUGAUUCUGGUGGAUUCGUAUUUCAAUGAUUUUCCUUGGCUUCGACAUUGGCCAUGGACAAAUCCGAUGAACGCGGAUGGGCCCAUGCCACAAGGCCAUGUACCUAUGGGCGGGUUCCCGGUUUUCGUGAACAAUUUCAUUGACAACGAAUCUGAUGACAACGAAGAUGAUGACAACGAAUUUGAUAACGACGACUUUGAUGACAACGAAGAUGAUGACUUGACGGAGGAAACAUCAUCGGAGGAAACAUCAUCGGAGGAUUCAAUAUAA